AAACUUAUUCUUUGCAUUUCCUUUUCUCCCAUACAUAUUCGCCUUCCUUUGUUUAAAAUAAUUAUUUUCUGCAAACCAUUCCAACCAUUUAAUUAUUUCGUAUCUAUAAUUAUUUGCUGAUCCAUAGUACUUUCAGUGCUUUGAUUUAAAAGGCUACGCACAGGUUCAUCAGAUAAACGAUUGCUACUGUUUCUUAUCUAAAUAAAAUAAAUAAAAUAAAAGUUUUAUUGGUGAAAGUCGCUCGUUUGGUAUUGUUAAAAGCUUAAACUGCAAGCAAUGUGCACUGUGGAAAAGGUUAAUGUUUAGAUAGGCGAGUUGUGUAUAUUACAAUUAUUUUAGAUUCUAAUGCAUUAGAACAAAACAAUGAACUGGGAGCUGUUAACGGCGUUAUUAUGUAGUUUUGGAUUUGUAAAAGAGAUGCGACCGUCAGAGGCGUUUCUCACAUUAUACCUGACAGGUGAAUGGAAAAAUCUUACAAUAGAGCAGGUGUCAAAUGAGAUAUACCCAUGGUGGACAUAUUCAUAUCUGAUAUGGCUAGUACCCGUCUUCUUACUCACUGAUUUUCUCCGGUACAAACCAGUUUUGAUCAUUGACGGUGCUGCUGCGAUUGGAACAUGGGCUCUUUUACUCUGGGCACAGGGAGUUGUCGCUAUGAAGUUUGUGGAAGUUUUAUAUGGACUAUUUACCGCCGGGGAAGUAGCAUAUUACUCAUAUUUGUAUGUAGAAGUGCCGAAAGAGCACUUUAAGAAAAUAUCCAGUUUUACACGAGCAGCUACAUUGGUUGGUAAAUUCUUGUCUUUUCUUCUGGCUCAGUUUUUAUAUUCUUUUCAUGUUAUGGACUUUUAUGAUCUUCACGUGUUUUCAUUUGUCAGCGUUUGCAUCGCGUUUGUGAUACCGUUAUUAUUGCCUUGGCCAAAACAUUCAGAAAUAUUUCAUAGAAAACAAUACAAAUAUGCUAAAGAUCCAAAUGAGAACAAUGGUAAUGUAAAUAAUUCGAAUUUUGAAACUUCAAAAAGUCCCAAUAUUCAAGAAUGUGGGACGAAAAGUGAAGGUGUUGACGAUCAUGUUAAAGACAAAAGUACCAUGAAUGUAUACGAUGGAGGUAACAGGUGUAGAAAUGGCUUUGUCUUUAUGUGGUCCGAACUAAGAGAUGUAUACAGGAACAGGGUUGUAUUAGUGUGGUCUGUGUGGUGGGCUAUAGCAUCCUGUGGAAACUUCCAAGUUCUGAAUUAUGUCCAGAAUCUGUGGGCAGUUAUAUCAGUCAAAGAUAGUCCGGGAGAAGAGCAAGAUGUUUACAAUGGGGCCGUUGAAGCCGCAUCGACACUACUUGGCAGUAUUACUGUCCUGACUGUUGGGUUUGUACCAGUCAACUGGUCAAGACGGGCCGAGUUGUUUAUGGGUUUGGUAUGUGCCGGAAAUGCAGCCUUCCUUGUUGUAAUGGCACACACAAGUAGUAUCUGGGUAGCUUAUGCAAUGUACGUGCUCUUCCGCACAUCCUAUGUUACAGUCGUUACCAUAGCAACGGCACAAAUUGCUCAGAGUUUGGUUAAACAGAGGUAUGGGUUAACAUUCGGAUGUAAUAUGUUCGCUUCUCUGGUUCUUGAGUCCAUACUAACUGUUAUAGUGGUAGACAAAGCAGGGCUUGGAGCAGGUGUUGUUGAUCAGUUUACAGUAUAUGGAGGAUAUUUUGGCGUCAUUUCUAUGCUGUUCUUAAUUGCUGCUGUUUACCGCUGCAAAACACCACAUGAAUCCGUUGAUCUUGACACACCAGACGCUUGAUUAACGAAUGAGUAUAUCAAGAGAGCUUUAAGUACUUAAAUAAAUUGUUGACAAGUUUUUGUUCUUGUCGUAUAUUUGAAAUUGCAGAUCUGUAUUCUGUACCUAAAAGAAAAUGUCUGGCUUUCCUAAUGUUUGAAAAAUAAGAAUCAAUAAAGCUUCUGAGAGACAUAUUUAAC